AACCAAACUUAAAAUCCAACUAAUGCGAAUGAUUCGGUCUUCAGCGAUUGUGCUCGCCCCUAUUUGGGAGGAGAAACAUUGGGAAACCAUGUUAAUGUAUACUUUACCCAAACUUCAAAUGUGCUGAGCUCACAAGAAGACAUACAGGAAGGUGACACCAUUUCCAUGGCUGAAGAUGAAGCUCCGGAGACCAACUGCAACAUCCCAGAGCCUCCGCAGCUCUCUUCUCUUCCAGCUCCCUUUGUGGAAGUUAUGUGCAAAAGUUCGGGCAAGACGAGGCGUUUUGCUGCAGGCACCGAGGCCGGAUUUGCACUAUCUUUGAUCAACAAAAAAUUGGAUUGUGGGAUGCCACUUGCUUGGCUUAUUGAAUCUGUUAAAGAAGGGGAAGAGCCUGUCAGUUUUGGACCCAAAUCGGUUCUUGUAGAUUAUGGCAAUGGUUGGAAGUUGAAGACAGUUACUGAAUUUGAAGGUACUGGAAGAGGAGAAGGAGUUCAGCCAACAAAAAUGCCAAUGCCUACAGCAAUGGGUCCGGAUGGUUUGCGACCUGUACAGAAAGCAUCUCAACCGAUAAUAAAUUUUAUGUACAUUGGAAGGAUUAUUUUGGCUUUUGUUGUGAUUUUUUUUCUUGCUGCAAUUUUCACUUUAGUUCUUGAGAAUCUCCCCAGAAUACUCACAUUUAUCAACUCAUCCAUGUAAUUUUUAAAGAAUGAACAAAAUUUGAGUAUUUGGAUACAUGCAACAGAUAUUAUGUAAUACUAGUUGUGUGGACAUGCUCUUUGCAUGUUUUUAUUUCUAAUAAUAAUAAUACAAAAGACAGCAGUUUAUAACA